CCACGUGUCGUGAUCGGAAUCACCGGUGCACGCCACUCGCGUGGAACGAUCCGUAUAUUACCGUUUUACCGACAAGGCAGUGAAACUGGGGUUUUGACCGUGGUGGGGGAAAACAGGAGAAGACGUGCGGCGGAGUUGUCUUCUGCUCAACUCUUCAAAUUUCCGAUUAAAAAGAAAUUCGAAAAUCGAAUUAAGAGAGAGAGACGUAAGACAGAGAGUCAUCUUUUUAUUUCUUCACAUCUAUUCAUUAUCCGAUGCCUUCAAUCUCUCUUUGUUUCUCUCUCUAGAACUACGAGUUUCCCGUCGAUACAUACAUAUCCUCUCGCUUUUUCUCUCUCCUCCUUGAGGACUGUUAAUCUCAAUAAGUAUCAACGAAACCCUAAGGAUUUAUUUAAUUCGUAUAAAAAAACCCUUCAAAAUUCUUGAUUCAAAUUUGUAUAUAUUAUUUGUAUAAUUAUUUGUUCAUAGAAAUUCUUUCAAUUUUAUCUGGUAUUUUGCCUUAUCGGGUUUGUGCUUUUUGUUCAUAGAUAGAUAGAUAGAGGCAGGAAAAGGAAAAAAUCAAAAAAGAAACAACACACGCAACAAAGGAGUUUUUAGAGGGAUUUUGUUGUUGUGUGUUGCAGUUGAAAUUUAUACGAUUAGAAUCUGGAUACAUACUGCCGGUUUGGAUUAUUUUUGGCAGCUUGUUCUUUUCUGGUGGUGUGAUUAAUGUGAAGAAGCGAGACAACGGAAGAGGACGUCGUUGCAAGUGUAGUCGAAACCAUCUUUUUUUGUUUCGAUUUGCAUGAUUAUUGGAUGGGGUUUUGAGUUGUAAGCUGAAGAUGCAGACACCUGUAAGUGGAGGGCUUUGAUCAUAACUGCGAGUGUUCAUUUUCGUCGAUAUAAGAAGGGGCAAGUUUGCCGGAGGUUAUGAUCAUUAGAGUGGUGAGGGGGCUGAGCAUCUGUGCGUGGUGUGUCGUUUCGGGGAUUGGUUUUUUAGGGUUGUUUCCGUUGGUUGUUCCAUUGGGGAUGAGGAAUGAUAGCCAGAAAAGUGGUGAUGGUGGAUCAGUGGUGCCAAGGGGUAGAGUCAAUAACGGUAUACUUCCAAAUUCGUUUAGGGCUUUUUCGAGCUACCUGAAGAUUGUUUCCUCUGGUGCAUCCACCGUUGCCUCCACUGUGAGGUCUGCAGCAUCCGCAGCUUCGGCGAUUGUAGAGAGGGAUGGUGACACCAGCCAUGAUCAGGUUUCCUGGGCUGGGUUCGACAAACUAGAGCUUGAAAAAGGUAAUUUACGUCGAGUUCUCUUACUGGGCUUCAGUUAUGGAUUUCAGAUCUGGGAUGUUGAAGCUGCAGACAAUGUGCAUAAUAUAGUAUCAAGGCAUGAUGGCCCUGUUUCAUUUAUGCAAGUGUUACCAAAACCUUUGGCAUCAAACCAAUCUGGGGACAAAUUUGCAGACAGUCGCCCAUUGCUGGUUAUCUGUGCUGAUGGAUCCUUUUCUGGAGAUAUUAAUGAUCAUGAGGGAUCAGUCCUGACUAAUGGGAUGGUCCAACAAUUCAAUGGUUCAGUUAAUGGUACUUGUAUGCCCACAGUAGUUUGGUUUUAUUCCUUCAAAUCUCAGUCGUAUGUACAUCUCUUAAGAUUUCGGUCUGUUGUCCAUUUAGUACGAUGCAGUUCUCGAGUUGUUGCUGUCUUGCAAUCAAAUCAGAUACAUUGUCUUAAUGCUUCUUCACUUGAGAGAGAAUAUACAAUCCUUACAAAUCCAGUGCCAACUGGAUCUGGAAAUAUAGGUGUUGGACCCCUUGCUGUGGGACCCCGGUGGAUGGCUUACAGUGGGAGUCCAGUUGCCAUUUCAAGUGCUCGUCGCGUGAGUCCUCAACAUGUUACUCCUUCACAAAGUUUACCUUCUCACUCUUCGAAUGGAAGUCUUGUUGGACAUCUUGCUCGAGAGUCAAGCAAACAACUUGCUGCUGGUAUUGUUACAUUAGGGGACAUGGGGUAUAAGAAGCUAUCAAGGUACUAUUCUGAGCUCUAUCCCGAAAGCAACAAUUUUCAGUCAGGGAGUGGUCGUCUAAAGGUCAACGGUGUUGCUAAUGGACAUCCACCUGAUGCAGACAAUGUUGGGAUGGUUGUCGUCAGAGAUAUUGUCAGCAAAGAUGUCAUUGCCCAGUUCAAGGCACAUAAAAGCCCUAUUUUGUCAUUGUGCUUUGAUCCAAGUGGUGUACUUUUAGUUACUGCCUCUGUUCAGGGUCACAACAUUAAUGUCUUUCGGAUAAUGCCUGGCUCAUCUGGAGCUGUUCACGUCCAUCUUUACAGGCUACAACGCGGUCUGACCAAUGCUGUUAUACAGGACAUAAGCUUUAGUACUGACAGCCAAUGGAUUAUGAUCAGUUCCUUAAGAGGGACGAGUCAUCUUUUUGCUAUAUCCCUGUCUGGGGGAUUAGUUAGUUUUCAGUCGACUGAUUCUUAUUCUAGAUUGCAGGUGCUGACUCAACAGAGCAUCUGUGCAUCUGGUCCUCCAGUUAACCUUAAUGCUGUCAGCCGAAUAAGAAAUGGAAGUAAUGGUUGGAGAAAUAGUAGCGGUGCUGCUGCAGCUGCAACCGGGCGAUCUAGCUCACUAUCUGGGGCAGUUGCAUCAGUUUUCCACAACUGCAAAGGAGAUAGUGUGCAUGGCGAUCAGAGUUCCUUGAUGAAAGAUUAUUACCUGCUUGUUUUCUCUCCAUCUGGCAGUGUGAUACAGUAUGUUCUGCAUUUUUCUCCUGCUCUGGAUGGGACGAUGGCUUUGCCGGGAGCAAGUUUUACUUCUGAAUCUGGUAUUGAUUGUGAUGCAAGAUUGAUGGUCGAGGCAAUGCAGAAAUGGAAUAUUUGUCAAACAAACCGAAAGGAACGGGGAGAUAAUAUUGACAUGUAUGGUGAAAAUGGAAAUUCAGAUAGCAGUAAAGUAUAUCCGGACAUAAUGAGACAUGAAAAUGGUGCAUUUUUUGAUGUUUCUGGUUUAAGAAAAAAUGAACAUAUAUUUUCUGAGGAAAAACAUCAUAUGUACAUAUCUGAAGCAGAACUUCAAAUGCAUCAAAAGAACCUGGUGUGGACCAGAUCUGAGAUUUAUUUUCAGUCAAUGCAGAAUGAUGACCUAAACGAAGGUGAUCAUGGUGGAGAAAUUGAAAUUGAAAGAUUCUCUGUUCGUAUGCUUGAAGCAAGGUCAAAAGACUUAGUUCAGUUUUUGAUUAUCUUCAAAAUCCCAAAUUUCGUGGGAGAUCAUAGCCUGGAUAUGCUUUCGUCUGAAUUCUACGAUCACUGCAGACAUAAUGGUCACUUUCAGCCUCAGGGAUCUGAUUCCUCUGAGGAUGGAAAGAUUCCCGGCAGGUGUCAUUCAGGUUCUGAUGCCAUGGCCAACUGUGGCAUUGUAGGGGGGAAUGAAUCGGACAUUGGUCUUGAAUGCAAAGAACAAGAUGGUCUCCAGAUAUUAACUGAAACUAGCAGGGACUAUGUAAUAACUGAUUCCCCAACAACUAACACCGAGCAAGAGGAGACUGUAUAUACUAGAGCAAACAUUGCAAGGGAGAGCCACCUUAGAUCUGUAAAUAAUAGAGAUGGCUCGAACAUGAAGAACCAGUUUGAAGAAGGUGAUGAGUUUGACUAAGGUAAUUCCUUCCUCACAAUCCUUAGAAAGGAAACUCUUGUGGGAAGCAUCGCGGGUGUCCGUAAGUAUUUUUGAUGGUUGUGAUUCUGGAUUAGUUUCGUACCGUAAUGUUGUUUAAAUUUGUCUGCCCAGCACCAGGUAUGUUGACAAGAUCCGUGCUGUACUGCUAGUGGGAGAUUGUUUGAAUUUGGUUUUCCUCCCUGCCUUAUCAUUUUGAUCUAUCUUAGUCUGGAAUUCUUAACGGGGUAUUGCAGGGGAGAUGAGGCUCGACCCGAUUAAUCUUUACUACUGUUGUGUCUCCUCAGUGUGGUGUGAUAUUCUUUUAUUCAGUGGAAAAAUGGCUGUGGCGGAAUAUACAUGUAGAGAGAAGCGAACACUAGAUGCUUUGGAUUGAUUGUGGAAGUGUGCACCUUUUGUUCAUGUUACAUUCUGCGACAGAUGUAAAGAAAAUUUAUCAGAUUAUAAUCCCAAUAAUAGCUGCCUGCUUCAAUA